AUGGCCAAGCUGACGGCUACUAUCACAUGCGGCGGCGCCGUCGUCGUUCGGACCACUCAGUCGUUGGAGCUACCAGGGUGGGGCAGCGGUGCUGCCGGGGCGCCCCGGGACAGCAGCGGUGUCUACAGCGGUGUCUACAGCGGCGGACAUGAUGCAGGGCUUGAACCUGGGCGGGGCAUUGGGCCCCCCCCCGAUCAUAUCAAUCACCAAAACGCAGCAUUUGUUAUUAGAAUCCCGUAUACCUUCCUCUUCGACCUCGAGCCCACUUCAGGUCCCGCCGCCGCUGGCGGCGUCGGCAGUGGCGUCGGCGUCGGCGUCUUCUCCAGCGGUGCCAUGAUGAGAUUUGCAUCGGGUGCAGUUGAAGCGGGCGUGGUGGCAGUGACUAACCGAAGUGGAGAGGGCGGCGGCGCAGUGCAACCUCCGUUAGACUCCUCUAACGCGGCGGCGGAGGCGGCGGAGCCGCUGCCGCCCGUCUGUUCCAUCGGCAAGUGGCGCCCGGCAGCCGUCGCGGGCUCCAGCGGUGCAUCUUCUUCCGCCGGCGGCUAUGUCGCCUCCGCCACUCUGGACGCCACCUCGGCGGACCUGGCCGUCGCAAGCUUCCGUACUGUGCCGCUAACGCCGCCGCCGCGGCCCGCGCCCACGCCAACCUCGGCGCCCGCUGCGGCAGCGUCCCCCCUGCCGUCCUCAACCCUCCUCACCGCCAGCUCAAAACCCGGCCCUCUGCAAGGCCAAGGCCAAGGCCAACUACUGCCGCAACUACAGCAUCAUCAGCAUCCGCAGCAGUCCACGGAGACGGAAGCGGCGUGCGUGUCCUCCUUCGUCCGCCAUUGGAUGGCGGAGGGAGGUGCCUCGGACACAACCUGCCCUGCAGCGCUGCGAUUCCCGCACGCGAUUGCCCAAGGCAGCUGGAGCUCUGCGACGUAUGGGGGUGGCGCUUCCGACCGUUGCCCGGCGAUGCAGCUUUGGGUGUUGCAGCCGGCGGCGGCGGGGUCGUUGGUACCGCGGGGGGCGUCAAGCCGCCGCUCCUCCACGCCGGCGGCGGCGGCAGACCAUCAGCUGUCUACAGCUGCUGGUGGUGGAGGUGGUGUGCAACCACGAAGGCCCGCCUCCUCGUCCUCUUCGACGUGGCCGAGAGCACGGAGACAGCACCAAGACGGCGCCCAUCCGACACCAGGUAAUAGCGCCGCCGGUUGGCUACAGGGCCUGGGUUGCGGCUUCGCAGCGGGCUGCCUGAUGACCGGGAUGCUGGCGGCGGCGGCGGCGGCGGCCUGCAGCCGCCGCGGCCGCCGUCAGUUCGAUCCAUCGCAGGACCCCGCGGCGGCAGCGGUGCCGCCGCCGGCGGAGCGAGUCGACAUGUACGGCUAUGGCCACAUGUACGAUCCGCGUGAUGAGGAUGUGCUGAGACGACAGAUGUUUUGGAGGCAGGAGAACCAGGGAAAUGGCAUGCCGUACACACAGGGCGGGGUUGUGGGUGGCGGAGGAGGAGGGGGAGUCUUGGAAGGACAUUGGGGGGUCAGCCAGCCGGCCGCUUCCGCUGGCGGCGGCGGUGGGGACAGUCCGGGCUUGCUGAAACGGGCGGGGGCGGGCUUAGGCGAGCUUCUGCGCACGCCCUUGCGCCGCACUCGCCGCGGCACUGGCGGCGCCGCACUCGCCGCGGGUGCACUGUACGAUACCACUACCAUUCCUGAGGGCACCGCAUACGAUAGUCCGUACCUUGGCCACGGCGGCGACGGCGGCGGUACGGCGAACGCCGCGGCGGCGGCGAUGCUGGAGGGCUCGGGGGAGGUGCGGGGCCUGGAGGGGCGCUCGGGGCAGCCACGGGGCCGCACUCGGCGGCGACGUGGCGGCGCCGGUUUCGAGGAUGAGGAUGACGGCGACGAGGGUGGCGGCGGCGGCGAGUAUCACCUGGCCGAGGCCGGCGGCGGUGGUAGCGCCAUGGCCUCUUCGCUGGCACAGCUAUCCCCCAGUGUGCUAAAACUUCUCGCCAGCGGUGAGGUCGAGGUCGAGGUCGAGGGCUAG